CAGCCCAAAGAUGGAAAGAAGCCAGAGCCUUGCAAACCCAUCUUGAAAGUGGAGUACAAAACUACCAGGGCAGGGGACCCAUUCAUGAUACUGUGUGGAGGUUUGUCAUAUGAUACAGUGGGUAGGCGAGCCUGUCUGACUGUGAUGCAUGGGAAAAGCACGGCAGUGCUGGAGAUGGACUACCCCAUAGUGGAUUUCCUUACGCUGUGUGAAACCCCAUAUCCAAACGAUUUCCAGGAGCCUUAUGCGGUUGUUGUCCUGCUGGAGAAGGAUUUGGUUGUCAUUGACCUUGCACAAAUUGGGUAUCCGAUCUUUGAGAAUCCAUAUCCUCUGUCCAUCCACGAGUCUCCAGUGACCUGCUGCGAAUAUUUUGCGGACUGUCCAGCUGAAGUCAUUCCUGCACUUUACUCAGUGGGCUCCAGACAGAAGAGACAAGGGUUCAGUAAGAAGGAAUGGCCCAUAAGUGGUGGUAACUGGGGCCAGGGAACGCUGAGUUUCUCAGAGAUUAUCAUCACUGGGCAUGCUGAUGGAUCGAUCAAGUUUUGGGAUGCCUCAGCAUUAAUGCUUCAGGUUUUGUAUAAGCUGAAAACAGCGAAGGUGUUUGAGAAGCCCCGCGGUAAAGAGGAGAAAUCCAGCACUGAAAUUGUGGAUGAAGAUCCGUUUGCCAUCCAGAUUCUGUCCUGGUGUCCAGAGAGCCGUGUGCUCUGUGUGGCUGGAGUAUCGGCUCAUGUUAUAGUCUACAGGUUCAGCAAACAGGAAGUCACCACUGAAGUGGUUCAG